UGGAAGCUGGUGCUGAGGUUACUGGUGCACUUGAUGAAAGAGUAAAUAAAGUUUCAGAAGAAACUAGUGGGCUUCUUCAUCCUGCUUCAGUGAAACCCUCCAGCCUUCGAUUGCCAUCACCAAAAAUUGGCUUCUUUGAUGGGGUAAGAUCAUCAGGUCGUAGUGGAAGCUCAAACAGUGCAAUGAUUGGAAAGUUUCAACCUGUUAGAAUCCUGACUGCAGUCAAGGGCCCCAAAGUUGAUGUUAAGCAAACUUCCUCCCUUGUAAGAUCUAGAUCUUCCUCGUCAAUUCAAAAACCUUCAAAUGCUGCAACAAAGGUACCAAGUGCUUCAAGAAACCUCAAAAGCAGCCCUGGCACAUCUCCAAAACUUCAGAAUAAAUCCUCUCCUAGAACUGGUAGAGAAAGUUACUCAAAGGCUCAGGGAAUUGGUUCUGUUGAAACAGUAGUAAGCCAAAUAGUGGGUGUGGGAGGCAAGGAUUGUGCUCGCAUAAAGGAUGCCAAGAUUGUUCCUCUUGAUGGAGUCCCUCAAACUGCUGAUAAUUUAACUUCCGAGUCUGAUGUCCAACACAUUGUCACAUUGAAAGAAGCUGCUGAAAAAGAGACAUACAGUCAACCAUACUUUAAGACUAAUACACUUUCCCUUUAUAACACCACCAAGGAAGAUGCUCCUCUUGAAGACCAAAUUACUGGUUUUGUUGCAAACGGAGGCCCUGUGGAAGUGGAUAUAAAUUCAGGCACUCAUAAAGAAGCCAUUUCUGAUUAUCAUUUGGCUCAUGGCUGAAAGGAGUUUGUAAACAUUUUGUCAAACCCCACUCAUUCCUCAGUGACUUCUGAAAUUACUUCUGGGUCAAGGAAACCUUUCUCGGUCAAGGAUUCAUUUUACAAUAUUGAUGCACCGCUAAAAAGUUUACCAGGAACAGCAGUGGCAGUAGACAAGAGGACCAUAUUAUCGAUUCCAGAGAGCAUCUUACCCAAGAACAGCUAAGAUAAGUGGAAAAAUCUUGUUCGGUUUUCUCAAGGUACCUUGGUGUGGAUCUAGGUAAAAAGCCUUGUAGAGUAUAUAAUGCACUCUGGUAGCAUUUUGUACUCUUUUCCAGCAAUGAGGGUUCCAGAUUCGAAUACCACCAAAGUUGGGAUCUGAUCCUGAUCUUGAGUAGAUAGUGUCUUAUGGAGCGCGUUUUAUAGGUUUUCAGUUAUGAAGUAAGAACUUAAAGAUGAAGUCAUGGAUUGGAUUUGCCAUCAUAUUACCAUUUGUGUCCAGACAUAUUUAUUAUGCAAUGAGAGCAAGCUUUAUUAAGGAAGAAGAAAGAGAAGGUUGUCUCAUAUAGAUUGUGCCCACAUCAUGAAAAUGUACUUGUCUCAUAUAGAUUGUGCCCACAUCAUGAAAAUGUACUUACAAACAACUCUUUAUUUCAUAGUAUAAUUUUAUGCCCAGUUUGCAUGACA